UGCAGACGCAACGAGCCGAACGCCGAGGCGCGGAUGCGCGGUGCGGAGCCGCUGGUGCCGUGAGCCCGGCUCGGGGCAGGUCUGGGGAGAGCCGCGGCUGCCACCCGCUGCUCGGCUUUGCCGGCUCCCAGAAGCCAGCUAAGAAGCACAGAUAGCAGGUCCCGUUGUGUCCGGGCCGCAGGAGCUCCCAGGAGGAACACCCAGGGGCUCCGGCGCGAUGGGGCUACUCCCGGACGUGCCGGCUGGAUGGAUUCAUCGCCCGCCCCUUUCCCCUGUUUCUAUUCCAGCUUCACAACCGGCAAGCGUGUCCGUAAGGGAGCGUCUCGCCUGAACAGCCCCGGCCGCGCUCCUCUGGUACUUUAUUUUACAAGUCAUUGCGCCGUUGCCAACGUGUUGAACGCCAAAGUCCUGCAGCUAGCCCUGAGGAAAAGCUGCGCCAUCAGCGACGCGGCUGAACGCGGCCCCGGCUCGCCGGCUGGCCGAAGCUGUCACCGAGGAGCGCGGCGCUCACGGGCCGGCCCCGCAGGCCUCCGCGUCCCGGCGAGCACCGCGGCCCGUCCCGGCCAGCCCCGCGCGGCCAUGGCGGCGGCGCGGAAGCGCUGCGUGGUGCGGCGGCGGGACGGCAGCGAGCAGCACGGCGUGGCCGCGUCCUGCCUGCGGGAGCUGCGCGACAAGGCUCGUACCAUUCUGGCUAUUGACAACACCAGGGAGCCCAUCACCUUAGUGCUGGCAGAAGAUGGCACCAUUGUGGAUGACGAAGAUUACUUUCUGUGUUUGCCAUCUAAUACCAAGUUUGUGGCACUGGCCAAGAAUGAGAAAUGGUCCAGCAAAAGCUUAGACAGUGGAACAGCCUGGCUCUCGGAGUCUGUGGAUGAAGUGGACUCUGGUGUAGAGAAGUGGAAGCAGCUGGCCAGGCAACUGAAGGAUGACCUGUCUAAUAUCAUCUUGAUGUCUGAAGAAGACCUGCAGGUGCUUAUUGAUGUACCACGUUCAGACCUGGCAGAAGAACUUGCCCAAAGUCAAUCCCGAGUCCAGGUACUGCAGGACACCCUGCAGCAGGUGCUGGACAGACGAGAAGAAGAACGCCAGUCAAGACAGCUCCUGGAACUCUACCUGGAGGCCUUGAAAAAGGAAGACAGUAUCUUAAGCAAAGUAGCAGGAUCUGAGACUGUACCAAGAAAGGAGAUGGAUGUGGUUGACACAGGCACCAGCAGUACAGGCACUUCAGCCCAGACAGCGCUCAGUGACCACCUUCUUGCUGCUCUGAAAAAGAAACCUGCUCCAGAGCUCUGCUUGGACAGUCAAGAUCUGGAGCUGGUCUUGAAAGAAGACACACAAGCCCUGGCUGCAGCUCUACAAUGGGAUAAGCAGAAAGCUGAAGCUCUGCAGCAAGCCUGUGAUCAGGAGCUCUCCAAGCGCCUACAUCAAGUGCAAACUUUGCAUUCCCUAAGAAGCACGUCAAAGGGCAAGAAAACUCUGCCCUGGGGGGACUGGCCUACUUCCAAACGUAAGAAAUAAGCUUGUAAGUGGUGCUCACACGUUUGUUUGAGGUUGAUUUUUUUUCUGCAUUAAGAUCGGACGAGCAAAGAAAUAUCCUGGGAGCCACAGUCUGCUGGUCAUACUGUGCUCUGGCUGUAGACAUUGUCCUGAGGCUUAAACUCCCCUGGGGAUUCAAAUCAUGUGUAACCAAAGGGAUUUUGACUUUUUGCAGAGUAGUAGGACAAUGGUAUUGCUAAACACAGCAUGGAAGGGUUCAGCUUUGAAUACAUGGUUGGGAGCCAGAAGCUUCCAGCUGCUAAUAGUGGAUCUGGCUUCUGAAGCCCCAGGCAGUUGCUUGCUUUGACAAUGGUGGGAGGACAAUGGGAAGAAUGGAAGACCUUGUGGAAGACACUUUGAGGCACAGUUGAUGAACAGAAAGAAGGGAGGUGGAAGAUUGCUCACUGAACACAGUGCUCAUUCUUUGGUAGGGUUUACUGUGAUUUGGCCUAGUUAAGCUGUUAUUGUGCAGUUUUUCCAGCUGCUUUCUGGGUUCCAGCUCCAGCCUGGGAUCUAGGAAUUUGAAUUCUGGUUUCAUCAGUUAAAGUAAAGCCAAAGUCCUUGAAACUUCAGUGCUUUUUCUGCAAGGAGCAACUGCCUCUUGCGUGCAGUGUAAGCACUAACUUGCAAAACACAGCAAAGGUGGAAACACUUGCUUUUUAAGGCUGUGGGUCACAAGACUUCUGUUUGGCCUAAUCAUUAUUGUAGCAUCGAGAUGCUUUUGUAUGAACUGGCUCAUUUUUAUUUGUUAAAGUCUUCUUUUUUUCUAACAUCAUUAAAACCUUUUUACCCUCCA